CCGAGAUCAUCAGGUACCGAGUAACAGUCUAGCAAACUUCUGCCACGCGCCUGCGCUUUCUCCUCUGUGUACAUACAACUCGAGUCGCUCCUGCCUAUCCUUCCUCGACGCAAGCCCGGUCAAGCUGUAAACAUCUGCUGGCUUGUCUGUCGUCGCUUGCUCUUAAUUCACUUCCACCCAACAUCACUUUCGCUGCUCGCCCGAGUCCUUCAGCAUCGACUUUCAUCUUGCAUUCAUCACCACGCAUUCAUCCCCUCGCAUUCACCCUCUCAGCUAUUCACUAGCACUAUCCAUUGCCCUUCAUCCUCUAGCACUUGAGUCUCUGACUGCGCGAACAUCACCUUUGGCUUUUCUCUCAUCACCUAAUCACCGUGCCAAUGGCUCCGACUCUGCAACAGACGCAGGCCAUCUACCUUCUGCCGCUCAGAGAUGACGGCUCUCCGGACGUGAGUGGCGAGUACAUCUACUUGCCACCGCCCAACGAUCCUGCCUACAAGAUCCGCUUCGUUAUUGAAGGCACCAGCUCCAUCUGCCGUGAAGGCAGUCUCUGGGUGAACAUCCCGACCAAGGGCCAGAAGUUCGUGCGCAAGAACUACACCGAGUACAAAUUGACUCCCGACUUCAAUCGCAACAUCGAGAUUGACAUCGAGAUUCCUCACGCCGGUCCCUUCUCCUACUACAUCACUUACACUCCUCUGCCCAAGCUCACAACAAGCAAGAGCGAUGUGCCCAAGCCUACACAGACAAAGGUCUGGUACCUCGAUGUCAGCCCUCGCUUGACCGUCCAAGGCUCCACCCUGCCGCUGAAGAGUUUGUCCAUCAUCUCAUGCUUGUCCAAGUUCAUGGGCGAGUACACGUCAGACUGGGACAAGCACUUGCACGGCAUGAGCGAGAGAGGUUACAACAUGGUACAUUUCACUCCGCUUAUGAUGCGUGGUGACUCAAACUCGCCCUACAGCAUCUACGACCAGCACACCUUCGACAAGACCAUCUUCGUCAAUGGUGAGAAGGACAUCGAGGCAUUGACUGCCAAGAUGGAGAAGGAUUACGGCCUUCUGUCCCUGACCGAUGUCGUCUGGAACCACACGGCCAACAACAGCAAGUGGCUAGAAGAACAUCCCGACGCCGGUUACAACAUGAAGACUGCCCCUUGGCUGCAGGCCGCCUUCGAGCUGGAUACCCAGCUUCUCAAGUUCAGCUCCGAGCUCGAGGGCCGUGGUCUACCUACCCACCUGAACAACAACGAAGACCUCCUCCGUGUUAUGGCCAACUUCAAGCAAGAUGUCAUUGACCCCAUCAAGCUAUGGGAGUUCUACGUUAUCGACGUCAAGCGUGACGCCCAGGCCGCUGUCUCUGCGUGGAUGGAGAACCAGGUCGAGUUCCCGGAAAAGACUCCUGACCUCCUUGGCACUGAUAGCUGGCCUUCAAAGCAGAAGACUGAUUGGCUCAAGCAGUACGCUCUCACUGGUGCUGACCGUCUGGGUGAGAGAUUCCGUCGCAGAAUCAACCCUCAACACGCUGCCGCCCUUCUUCAAUCACUGUUCGGCAAGUACGACACCAAGACUGGCAGCACCAGAGACGAGCGUAGCGCCAUGGGCACCAUGACCCACUUCCUUGACGAGCUCAACUCUGCCUUCUACGACGAAUACAACCUGGAUACUGCCACCAUCAAAGAGCAGGUCUACAGCCGCACCAAAUACAUGCGUAUCGACGGCGGUCCUCAGCAGGGCAAGCCCAUCACCCCUGAGAACCCCAUGAUCGAGUCGUACUUCACCAGACUUCCCACCAAUGAGACAACCAAGAAGCACGAUCAAGGCGAACUGGCGCUGGCCAACAACGGCUGGGUCUGGGCAGCUGAUGUGCUCAAGGACAAUGCCGGCCCCAAGUCCAAGGCAUACCUCUGCAGAGAGAUUAUCCCUUGGGGUGACUGCGUCAAGCUGCGCUACGGUGACUCCCCCAAGGACAGCCCUUUCCUUUGGGACUUCAUGGCCGAGUACACUCGUCUCAUGGCCAAGCACUUCCACGGUUUCCGCAUCGACAACUGCCACUCUACUCCCCUGCACCUUGCCGAGUACAUGCUUGACGAGGCGAGAAGUGUCCGCCCCAAUCUCGUCGUCAUGGCCGAGCUCUUCUCAGGUGACGAGAAGAUGGACUACGUCUACGUCGAGCGUCUUGGAUUGUCUUGCCUGAUCCGUGAGGCCAUGCAAUCGUGGAGCACCGCAGAACUGAGCAAGCUUAUUCACGAGAAUUGCGGUCGCCCGAUCGGCAGCUUCGAGCUUGAUGAGAUUUCGGAUGCUCAGAAGCGCAAUUCUGGCACAGAGCCUGCUCCUUCUGUCAAGGAGGUCGUUCACAAGAUCCGCCCCGCCACAGUCCACGGUCUUUUGAUGGACUGCACUCACGACAACGAGCUCCCCGCCCAGCGCAGAGACGCCAGAGAUACCCUGUCCAAUUCUGCUCUCGUCGCCAUGUGCGCCGCUUCUAUUGGAAGUGUUUUCGGAUAUGACGAAGUCUACCCUGAAUUGAUCGAGCUCGUUCAUGAGAAGCGUCAAUACAGCUCGCCUUACUCUUCCAUGUCGAACCUCAAGGUUGGAGAAGGUCCCGGAAUUGGAAACGUCAAGCGCCUUCUGAACCAGCUUCACACGAUCAUGGGCAAGGACCAUUACGACGAGACCCACGUCCACCAUGAUGGCGAGUACAUUACUGUCCACCGCAUGCACCCGAAGUCACGCAAGGGCUACUAUUUGAUCGCUCAUACUGCAUUCCCUGGCUACGGCAAUGGCAACGCUGGCUUCCAGCCUGUACACCUCACUGGAUCCAAGGCAUCUUUGCUUGGUGCCUGGAACCUCGAGGUCGAUCAGAGUCACGAAGCUAAGCAAGCCGCUCUCAAGGACAAGGUAUUGAGAGGUCUCAACGCAAACACCAAGGACAUCCGCGGCGUCAAGGUUGACAACCAGGGUGACACUGCUGUCAUUACCGUGCCAGAGAAGUUCCCUCCUGGCAGUAUCGCAGUCUUCGAGACUUGGAUCCCUAGCGCAGAGCACUCCGAAGGCCUUGACAAGUACGUCACCUCCGGUGGCAGAGACGCAUUCAAGGACUGUGACCUCAACGACCUGAACGCCAUUCUUUACCGUGCUGACGCCGAGGAACGUGCAACUUCUGGAGGCUCCGACGGUGUUUACACCAUCCCCAACCUGGACUCCAUGGUAUACUGCGGUCUCCAAGGUUGGUGGAGCGUGUUGAGAGACGUUAUCAAGAGCAACAACCUUGGUCAUCCUAUCUGUGACCAUCUGAGACAGGGUCAAUGGGCUCUUGACUUCAUUGUCGGCCGCCUGGAGAAGCUUGCUUCGCGUGACGGCUACACUCGUCUCACUGCACCCGCAGGAUGGCUCAAAGACCGAUUCGAGGCCAUCCGCAAGCUCCCCAGCUUCUUGUUGCCUCGUUACUUCGCACUCGUCGUCCAGACCGCAUACAAGGCUGCCACUGAGCGCGCCAUCGAGCAGAUGAGCCCCAACAUUCGCCACGGACAGCGCUUCCUCAAGAGUAUGGCUCUUGUCAGCGUCCAGUGCGAAGGUUUCAUGAAGAACGCCUCCCUGUGGCCUGACAAGCUCGUUCCUUCGCUGGCAGCUGGUCUGCCUCACUUUGCUCAGGACUGGGCCAGAUGCUGGGGACGUGAUGUUUUCAUCUCGCUUCGUGGUCUUUUGCUUGCCACUGGACGUUUCGAAGACGCCAAGGAGCACAUCAAGGCCUUUGCCAGCGUUGUCAAGCAUGGUAUGAUUCCCAACCUGCUCGGCUCCGGAAAGAUUCCCAGAUACAACUCUCGCGACUCUGUCUGGUUCUUCUUGCAGAACAUCCAAGACUACUGCAACAUGGUCCCCAAUGGCGUUGACAUCCUCAAGGAGAAGGUGAGCAGACGUUUCUUGCCUUACGACGACACUUGGUUCUCGUGGGAAGACCCUCGCGCCUACUCGCAGACAUCGACCAUCGAGGACGUUGUCCAGGAAUGUCUCCAGCGCCACGCUACUGGCAUGCACUUCCGUGAGGCCAAUGCUGGUCCGGGCAUUGACGACCAGAUGAAGGAUGCUGGUUUCAACAUCGACAUCGAGACCGACUGGAACACCGGUAUCAUCUUCGGUGGUAACGAGUGGAACUGCGGUACUUGGAUGGACAAGAUGGGCUCAAGCGAACACGCCGGCAACAAGGGUGUCCCUGGCACCUCGCGUGACGGUGCCCCUGUCGAAAUCACCGGUCUCCUUUACAGCUGUCUCAAGUGGGUCGACGAACUGAACAAGAACAAGCAGUUCAAAUACUCCGGUGUCAGCACCAAGGGCGACAAAGUCAUCACCUUCAAGGAGUGGGCACAGAAGAUUCGCGACAACUUCGAACACUGCUACUACAUUCCCACCGAUGCUGCACAGGAUUCCAAGUACGAUGUUAACAGCAAGGUUGUCAACCGCCGUGGUAUUUACAAGGACGUCUACAAGUGCAACAAGGAGUACCGCGAUUACCAACUCCGUCCCAACUUCCCCAUCGCAAUGACAGUUGCACCUGAUCUUUUUGACCCCAAGCACGCACUUGGAGCUCUGAUCGUUGCCGACGAGGCUCUCGUUGGUCCCACUGGCAUGGCUACUCUGGACCCCUCUGACAUGGAAUACCGUCCCAACUACAUCAACAGCGACGACUCCAACGACUUCCACACUGCCAGAGGACGCAACUACCACCAAGGACCCGAAUGGGUCUGGCCUCGUGGUUUCUUCUUGCGUGCGCUGCUGAAGUUCGACUUGAAGCGCCGUGAGUCGAAGGAGGACAAGGUCGAGGCAUUCCAGCAAGUGACGACCAGACUUGCAGACUGCAGACGUGCGAUCCACGACUCUCCUUGGGCUGGACUUACUGAGCUCACCAACGAGAAGGGAUCCAUGUGCCACGAUUCGUGCCCCACUCAAGCCUGGUCUGCUAGUUGCCUGAUCGACUUGUACCAGGAUGCCAGCGAGUACAACGCCUUGUAAAGUGGCAGAAGCGGAAGCGCGAGCGUUUGCAUACCGGUUGCGUUGAUCAAAGAGUUGGGAAAAAAGGCGUAGGACGGUGGAUUUUGGAGCACUGGCAACGGUCACCUAAUUGUUUAUACCCUUUCCCUAGAUACAGAUAAGAAUGCUGAUGAACUCAUGACCUAUGGCGGAUCGAAGAUUGCAACGGUGAUGC